AUGUCAAAUAGCAAACUUUCGACUAGAGACACUUGGGUUGGACUGCGUGUCACUUACUUCUGGCGUAUGAGGACUGCGGUCGCUCAUAUGACCCUGAUCGGUGGCAAACUUGGAGACUGCGGUCGCUCAAGUUUGGAAGCGUGGAAAAAACAACGCAUUCGAUCCUAUAAAAAUGAAGAAGCGAUCAACAAACAGAAGACCGGUCGCGAAGUUCAGUUUCAAAAGCGCAUCACGAAAUAUCAAAGAGGUAUCGCUAAAGUUACUGACGCGAAAGUUGAUAAGUGGGCUGAAGAAUCGGUAAACGUUGGUAAAGAAAAGGGAGAUCCUUCAGUCCGCAGAUCGCCUCGGCCAAUGAAAUGCGUUAACUACGCUGAAGACGAUUCAGACAAAGAGAAGAAAUCAGGGAAGAUAAGGAGAGUAAAUAGUACUGCUCAUUCACAAUCGACGGAAUCUCCACAAUCUGUACCUAGAACCCCAUCGCAAGCUCUACGCGAUUUAACUCCGUUGGAAAUAAUACCUAAUAAGCGACCGUUAAAUAAAGAGGAAAUUCAACAAUACUCUGAAGACAUAUCCGUGAUAUGCGCGUUUGAUAAAACAAUCUCAGAGUUGACUUUAGAAAUCAGCGCGAAGCUUGCCAAUAAACUAUCUUUUGUACGCGACACCAACCCUGAAGUAUGGACAUCUGAUUUAGAAAAAUAUAUAGAUACCGCCCUUAAGAACACCGGAAAAAAAUUUAAAACUGCUGUCUUAGUUGAAGUUCCAGAUGGACUUUUCUGA